GUACAAAUUGAUUGCUCAUAGUUUCUUUUCAAAGUUUAAAGAGAAGAAUAGUAGUACUUGUUAUUGUUACAUGUUAUUGUUGUUUGUGUAAGUGAUUGAGAUUUUAAAUUUGGAGAUUAUAGAUGGCUUCUUCUAAUGGUGGUGUUCCUCCGGGAUUUCGAUUUCAUCCAACGGAUGAAGAGCUUCUUCAUUACUACUUGAAGAAGAAGGUGUCCUUUCAAAAGUUUGACAUGGAUGUUAUUAGGGAGGUGGACUUGAACAAGAUGGAGCCUUGGGACUUACAAGAAAGAUGUAAAAUUGGAUCAACCCCACAAAACGAGUGGUAUUUCUUCAGUCACAAGGACAGAAAGUACCCUACAGGGUCAAGGACCAAUAGGGCAACAAACGCAGGGUUUUGGAAAGCUACCGGCAGAGACAAGUGCAUACGAAAUAGCUACAUGAAGAUUGGAAUGAGAAAAACUCUUGUUUUCUACAAAGGCAGGGCUCCUCAUGGACAAAAGACUGAUUGGAUCAUGCACGAGUAUCGCCUUGAAGAUGCAAAUGAUCCUGAAGGAAAUACCAAUGAAGAUGGGUGGGUGGUGUGCAGGGUGUUUAAGAAGAAGAACUUAUUCAAGAUUGGAAAUAAUGAAGGUAGCUCCGCUCACAAUUCAGAGCAACCAAUCAACAACUCCUCAGGAGCCAAUGCCCGCUCUUUCAUGCACAGGGACAACCAAUACUUGCUACUACAACAACAAAACACUAGGAACCCAUCAGGGUUUGAGCUGGAUAAACCUGAGCUUGGUCUUCAUCACUAUCCACACUUGCAAAACCAACCUCAAUACGCACUUUUCCAAUCCCAACAACCUCUUCUUCAGAGCCACAAACCAAUGGUUUACAAUGACUAUUCUUAUGCAUCAUCUCUACCCUCAGAUCCCCCUCUCAAGCAGCUCAUGACAAACCCUAGAGAUUGUGAGAGUGGUAGUGAUGGCCUGAGAUACCAAGUUUCAGAAUCCGGUAUGGAAGUCGGCUCGUGUGAACCGCCUCAAGAAAUGGGUGGUGGAAGAGGUGAAGGAAUGAAUGAAUGGGGGGUGCUUGAUAGGCUAGUGACUUCUCAUCUUGGAAAUGAAGACUCAACUAAAGAGGUCAGGUUUGAUGAUGCAAACCCACAAUCUGUCCACCAAAUCAACCAACUUUCUUUGCGGGGAGAAAUGGACUUUUGGGGCUAUGCAAAACAAUGAUUUCCAUCCUCAAAAUUAUUAAGUACGUGCAGUUAGAUGGUUCUAACCAUUUAAAUUUGGGUGCACCAAAGACAUUAUAUUUAUUAUUGUUAUUAUUACUUCGAUCGUCUUCAACCUUUAAGGCUCGAGGUAAGAAAGUGAAAGUGGAAAGUUUAUAGAAAAAAGCAUUUGAUGAUUGCAUUUUUGUAUUUUUAAUUUAUUUUUUCAUAAAAUCUUUCCAAUUUUGUAUUCUUAUCAUCGGUCCUAAGGGCUGAUAUUAACAAAACCAAUAUUGUGUUAAUAACAUUGGAAAUGGUUUGCUAUGUUUUAGUUAA